AUGGAAGAUAAUGUAGCAUACUCUACGUUUGAAGGCUUUAGGCCUCACUUUGAUGCAUUAGCCAGGGUCGGUUAUUUCAAAAUAGUUCUAAAACCCAUUUCUUCUUUGAAACGAUUCUUUCACAACGUCUAUCGUAUUAUAUCGUGGAGUUUAAUUCUAACGUACAACUUGCAGCAUGUUAUAAGAGUAGUUAAGGUCCGCCACAGCUUCAAUCUGAUAGUGGACACACUGUUCAUUUUGUUAACAACUCUGAACACGUUGGGGAAGCAAACUGCCUUCAAUCUGAGGUCUCGUCGCAUUGAUGACAUCAUCAGUAUCAUUAACGGACCAACCUUCGCAGCAAGUAAACCAUAUCAUGUGGAGGUUCUGAAACAGAAUGCGUUAGUCAUGUCCCGACUGCUGACUUUGUAUCAUGGCGCCAUAUUUACUUGCGGCACUCUGUGGACCGUGUUCCCGGUUGUUAAUAGAGCUCUUGGCAAAGAAGUGCAAUUUACUGGCUACUUUCCAUUCGAAACAACAAGCACGUUAGCAUUCUCGCUGGCAUUGGCCUACAUGACCGUUCUGAUAACUUUCCAAGCUUAUGGAAACGUAACAAUGGAUUGCACGAUCGUAGCGUUCUAUGCGCAAGCCAAGAUUCAAUUACAGAUGCUGCGGUAUAAUCUCGAACAACUUGUGGAAUUUAGGAAUAUUAAGAAGUUCAAUUCAAUAAAAACUCAAUACAGAGACGAAGGAGAAGAGAAGACAGAACUGCAGGAAAGAUUGAAGAAAUGUGUGAGACAUUAUGAUCAAAUUGUAAGAUAUGCAAAAGAAGUUGAGUCGAUAUUUGGUGAAGCAAUGGUCGUACAGUUCUUUGUGAUGGCUUGGGUCAUAUGCAUGACCGUGUACAAAAUUGUCGGUUUAAGCAUAUGUUCUGCGGAGUUUGUAUCGAUGGCCGUGUAUUUGGGUUGCAUGUUAGCCCAGUUGUUUAUUUACUGCUAUUUUGGGACGCAACUCAAAGUUGAGAGUGAGUUAGUAAAUCAAUCAAUAUACUGCUGUGAUUGGUUGUGCCUGUCGCCUCAGUUUCGAAGACAAUUGCUAGUGAUGAUGCAGUGCUGUGGUCGGCCACUAGCUCCCCGCACUGCCUACGUCAUCCCCAUGUCUUUGGAUACUUACAUACACGUGCUGAGAUCUUCAUACACAUUGUUUACGUUCUUGAAUCGCUAG